AACUAAUUGGACUCAUUUAUAAUAAUAAAUGUAUUUUUCGUACAAAAACAAAUAGCAUUAAAAUAUCUGUGAAACAUAUUGCUAUACAAAAUGCUAAAUAUUUAAAGAGUUAUAUCUGUCAAAUGGGCUUGGAAGUGUAGGCACAGCAAUAUCAAUAUUUUGCAUUAAAAACUAACAUAUGAGUCUAUAUGGCAACACUGGCAAGGCAAAUCAAAUUUCGCAUUUUAUUUGUUGGCGGAUUGACGUGAAGAACUUAAAAACUUUGUUUAAUUCCUCUGAGGUCUUAAGUCAGGACACAAGAGCAUCUGAAGAGCAAUCUUUAAAAAGAAAAAAAAUAUUGACUGAUUUAAUCACGGAGAGCAAAGAUUGUCAAGAAAAACUUAAACAAAGACCUACAAAGGAGUCGCUUGGCAUAUUGACAUCAAUUCUUGAGAAAUGUAACAGUGUUAGAAAUGAAGGAAAAGAUCAAGAUCGUGUGCAUCACUCUUCAGAAUUAGUACUAGAUGCGCAUGUAAUAUCAAUAAGUCAUCAGUUGGUCUCAACCAUUUUCGAAGACGUUUCGCAAUUUAAUGAGCAGACUUUUGCAAAUAGCAUUCUUAACAUUGUCAAUAAUAACAAUUGGAAUGAACUUCUUAAAAUUUCACAACCAAUAUCCAGAACUGUACAUGUUGCAUCCUCAAUGUUGGGUGCCAUAGAAUCUCAUCCAAAACUGAGUGUUGCAAGGCAACGACAAAGACGGAGCGAUGCUUUGACUGCAGAACAAAAACCUGAAACAUUUGACAAAUUAAACCGUUCCGAAAAAGGAGCAGAAAAAGUAAAUAUAGCACGCAAAAUCAUAGUCAACUAUUUACGAACUCAUGGUGUAGACUCUAUUCCAUUCUAUAAGUUAAUUAUCGAUCCAAGCGAUUUUAUGAAGACAGCUGAUAAUGCUUUUCAGUUAGCAUUUAUGGUGAAAGAGAAAACUGUGUACAUUUCUCAAGGUUCUGACGGUUAUCCAGCAGUAACAUUAACAAAAUCAAAUAAAAAUAUUACCACAAAUGAAUGUGAAUGUGCACUAACUUUCGCUUUGGUUCAGAAAUUCAUCGAGUUUUAUAAUAUUGAGGAUGCUAUUUUAAAGUACGAUGAUCUGUAAAGAAAUUAUAAGCAAUUAAAAUUAAACAUUGGCAUGAAGAUUAAGAUCUUGAUUCCUGGAGGCUAUUCUAAAGUACGAUAUUUAAUAUUUAUUCUUACAAUUAAUGUUAAAUUGAAAAAAUUCUUUUGAAUCUAAUAAUAUGAACAUAUAUUUAAUUAUUAUGUACUUUGAUAUAUGACUAGUAUGGUAAAUCCUUAUCUUAAUUUCGACAUGUACAUACAUUUCAAUAAUGCUGUGAUAUCUCAUUUCACACGUUAUUAUAUCCUUAUCUAUAAAGUCCCAUCUAAAUAUUAUGAUUCAUAAAUAUAUUGUAACUAAAAAAAUUUAAAA